UCUCGUUCUCACUGCCUUCGUCGUGGAUAUCGCGAUUACAUGGUGUACUGUACAGUGAACCCUUGCAAUAAACUAUAUAUUUCGUCCCACCCUAUUUUUAGCCCACUUUGAAUGUACUCAGUGCAACGGGAACUUGAACGGCUACAUAUGCACCGCAACAACGAUGUCGCUCGGUCUAGCUUCUCAGUCUGCUAGUAUGAGGAAGCACCGACGCUAUGCCACACUUUUACACAGUCCACGGCACACGCGCAACCGCAUCUCUGAUGGAAUCGGCAUGCCUUGUCCUUCGUUAUGUGCCCUCACAAACCAGCACGAACAUCAUGCAUCAUAAGAGUCGUGCAAUUAGCUCUUCAAUAAGUCGUUCGCUC